AUGGUUCCCAUAGCCGUCCUCGCCCUUAUGGCAAUUUCUUGCCUUCAAGGUAUUGAGGCCAACCCGUGCCCGCCACUGGGGCCGACUCUCCCCUCCUCCAAGACCCCCAGCAACUCGACGGCCGUCAAACAGGCUAUCACCAAGAUCCAAGAAGGCCUGGUCAACCGCACCUCUUCGCUCAAAGCCACCGCAAUCUCCAUAGGCGUCAAGUCCAUCCACGAAGACGUUCCCCUAUUCGACUGGCACUUCACCCCUCCAAUCGCCGACAAUCGCAGCACCACAACCGUCGACAUCGACACCGUAUACCGCGGCGGCAGCAUUACGAAGCUCUUCACGACCCUUGCGGCUCUGCAGAAUACUCACAUCAAGAGGACUGACCCUGUCACGAAGUACCUCCCGCAGCUCAAGGCCGAGGCCGCCAGGAACAAGGGCCAACUCAACUUCGUGCCGUGGGAUAGCAUCACCAUCGAAGAUCUGGCGUCUCACGUCUCGGGCCUGGGAGGCGACAUCGCCACUGAUCUUGCCGUAUUCCCUGGAAAUUGGGCAGCUUUGGGCCUCCCACCUGUCUCCAACGAUACAAAGCCUACCUGCUCCGGUCUCGGGGGCACAACGCCCUGCACGGCGGAUGACCUCCUCAGUGGCCUCAACAAGAAACCACUCGUCUUCCUACCUCACACAACGCCAGUCUAUUCUAAUAUCGGCCUCUCCCUGUUGUCCCUCGUCCUCGAGACCGCCACCAACAAGACCUACGAGUCCAUCCUCACCGAGACUAUUCUCAAACCCCUCGGCCUCGCCAACACCUCUAUCGCCGUCCCCGCCGACGACGCUUGGGGGUUCAUUCCCAAGGGCGAAGUCACUUGGGGCGGCGACCUCGGCGUCUUCGCCUCCGCUGGCGGCAUCUACACAAACACCCGAGACCUGCUGGCCUUUGGCGCCGCCAUCCUCUCCUCCGACCUCGGCAUCGACACGCGUUCUUGGUUGAAGCCUCGCGCCUUCACCUCCUCACGUGGAUACUCCAUUGGCGCCCCAUGGGAGAUUUGGACGUCCUCGACGCUCCUCGACUCGGGAGUGCCUGUGUCCGCCUACACCAAGUCUGGCGACCUCGGCUUAUACACCAACGUCCUAAUCGUCGUGCCGGAUUACGACCUCGUCAUCUCUAUUCUCACUGCGGGCGCAGAGGCGGCGGAAUCUUCGCAGUUCCCUGCGCGAAUCAUCUCCCCUGUGAUAGAAGCUCUCAUCCCGGCCCUCGAGCAAGCAAACAAGGAGUACGCCGACGCGACCUUUGCGGGAACCUACACCGACGACGAGACAAACUCAACUCUCACCCUCUCCGUUGACGACGGGCCGGGCUUGUCGUUGACAAACUACACCGUCCGCGGUGUCAAUGUGCUCGCCAACAUCCCCAACUACAGCCUGAGCCCUGGGUCCAAGACUUUCAAUGUCAGUGGAAGGCUCUACCCAACGAACAUUCAGGAGGGGGACAAGUGGUCGUGGCGAGCCGUCUACAAAAACCAUGACGAGCCCGAAGUCGACGACGAGCUUUUCUAUCCCGACGGUGGAUGCCAGACCUGGGGCCUCAUCGACCGUAAGGCGUACAACUACCUGGCUCUGGACGAUUUCAUUGUCACCGCCGCUAAGGAUGGAUCAGCCAAGAGCAUCUCGCCCCGGCCCUUUGGCGUCACUUUGAACAAGAUUGAAAGUUGA